AGCAUAAUUUGUUAUCGUUCAAGGUAGAUAUUCCUAAAUUGUUGCGUCUACUAAAAAAAUAAAAUGGGGAGUGACUUCUUCUAGAACAUAAUAAUAUACAACUUAGUGUAGAAAACUUUACUUUUGUGUACCUGCAAGGAAAACAAUUUGUGUUCAAGUGAGAUCAUACCGUGCGUUACAUAUUUCUAGAUUUUUAAUGACAAAUAAAUUUGAUUACAGUAGUCAUAUUUAUAACGCAACUGAUGUUAGAAUGAUUAUUUUAAAGAACAUUGUUCCUUAUUAUGGAAAGGUUUACCUUUGGCAUUCUUCGACUAUGGUUAUAUACGGGUGAUACUGACACAGUUUUUGGGAGUACAAGUUAUGUUAUCACAUAGGUGUUGCUAAGAACUCCUAAAAUGAAAUCCCACUUCAAAACAUCUCAAACAAAGCAUAACAUUUAUCGUAAUGUCCGCCAAUUCAGGUUCAAGUUUUAAAAUAAAAACCGUUAAAUAUACUAAAAAGUACAAACACAUAAAAAUACCAUUGAAAUCAAUAACUAUAAAUAAUUAAAAAUUAUAUAUGUAAUAUCCCAAUGAGUAGAAAAAUUGCAUUUUCUGACGUUUUGUGACUUAGUGUAAGUCACUUCUUUAAAGAAUAAAUAGCCAAAUUAAAACUAAUACAAGUUUAAAUAGUACAAAGAAACAAUUGUUCCUUUGCGAUAUUACAAAUAUAUUAUUUAUUUAUAACAAUCUACCCAAUGCUCAAUUUAUUCAAAAUUAUCAAAUCAAAUCUUGAUAAUGAUACCUAAUAACUAUAAAUGCUGUUUUUCAAGAAAGCAAUCUACGUAAUUCGAUAAGUUUUGAAUUAAUAGUGGUGAUCGUUUAUUAAUUUAUAUUAUUUCACGCAACAUUUAGCGUUGCAGAUGAUGAGUCCGCAAAACGACGAAACUUAUAGCGGAUUCUUGGCAAAUAUAUCAUUAGUAGUUGCGAAAGUGUCACUAGCAGUGUAUCUUGUCAAACAGACGCCACCAAGUAUUUCAAGCUAUGAUUUUGUCAGAUUUCUUCAAAAUCAGUAUGCAAGAAGAGAGGAGGAAAAAGAAGCACUUAUCAAUUAUUAUUUCUUAAAUGAAAAGAAGCUAAGUGGUCACAAUUCAAAUUGCGAAAUCAGCUUUAAGAUGGGAACUAAAACAGCAGACCUCAGCACCUAUACAGCUUUUAAUUCAAGUCAGCUAAAGAUGACUAAAUUCAAUCUGCAGAAUAUAAUGGUGCUUUCUACAAAUCAAACAGUUAAUCAGUUGAAAUAUUAUUUACAAGAAAUUUUAUCCUCAUCCUACAAUAUCCUUUUUCAUGCUUUUAAAGCAAGUUGUGCGGAGGGAUUGAUUUCUUCAAGGAAACUGAAUACCUUUGUUAGUAUGAAACAAGAUGCAGAAUUCACAUUUCGUUUAUGGAUUAACAAAACAAUGGAGCUGUUAAACAAAAACCCAGAGAGUCUGAUUCAAUGUCUUGAUCUUUUGAGAAGAUUUGUUAUUUCUAAGGACGUCUCUUCAGAAACAGAGAGUAGUCUUUGGGAUUCAACAAUACUUGAGUUAAAUUUAAUUCUUUCCAGUUCGUUUAAAGAGCACCUAAACACACUAUGUCGUACUAGUAUUGCCCAAUUUACCACCGAAUUCAUAGAUGAUGUAUUAAAACAACUCUGUGAAAAUUUUCAGACAGUAGUUUCAAAUCAUGGAAAGAUGCUGUUUCUCCAAGUUAGCAAGUGUGCCCAUAUAAUAUGGCUCUCCGUAAAUCUUUUAAAAUCUUUUGAUGAUGAUGAUCAAAUUUUCGACAGAACACAAGCCUUUCGGUGGGUACAGAUUUUAGACAGAUGGCUCGAAUCACAAAAAUCAUCCACCAAUCAAGCAGAAAGAUUUUCAUUGGUUCAACUUACUGGAUUAAUGUUUACUAUAUUUGUUUUAAAAAAUAAAAUUAUUAGGCUUACUGCAAAGUUUUAACAGACAAUAAUACUAGAAUACAUAAUGUGCAUUUGAUUGGUUAACUUCGUUAAAUGUUUGGUACUGAAAUAAAAUAAAUUCACAUUUUUGAUAAAGAUAAUAUUUAAACCGCUUAUGACUAACUUGGUUUUUCAAGUAACAUGCGUUGCUUAUCAGUAAGUGUGAGGAAUAAAAUUUGUUGACUGAUGAAAUGAUGCUGGGAAAAAGACCUUUUCCCAUGUAUUUCGUCUUUCUUUUCAAUAAAAAGUUACGUCAACAUUUUUUCA